ACACACGCUACCUUGUUGGAGUUUGAAAUUUGAUUUGCUUCCCACUACAUUGUAGGUGAGCAUAAGCUAAGCAACUUCAAUGUCGAUAUUUGGUUCCACUGCUACUACGAACACAAAUCCCAAUAAGUCUAUAGAGAUUUUGUGUAAUCUACUCGUAAGGUUCAACAACCUCCUGCUGAUUCUGUAACAAGCCUCUGCUUCAGUCCAAAAGCUAAUCUUCUGGUUGCUACUUCAUGGGAUAACCAGGUACGAUGUUGGGAAGUGAUGGGAAGUGGAACCAACACUGGAACUGUACCCAAGGCCGCCAUAUCACAUGAACAACCGGUUUUAUGCUCAGCUUGGAAGGAUGAUGGGACAACUGUCUUCUCUGGAGGUUGUGACAAGCAAGUUAAAAUGUGGCCUCUAUCUGGUAGUCAACCUGUAACAGUAGGCAUGCAUGACGCUCCUGUCAAGGAAUUGGCUUGGAUCCCAGAGACGAAUCUCUUGGUCACAGGAAGCUGGGAUAAGACUCUGAGGUACUGGGAUUUGAGACAGCAAAAUCCAGUACAUAGCCAACAACUUCCUGAGCGCUGCUAUGCACUCACAGUGAAACAUCCUUUGAUGGUUGCUAGCACAGCCGAUAAAAAUCUUAUAGUUUUCAAUUUGCAGAAUCCCCAGACUGAGUUCAAGAGAAUACCCUCACCCUUAAAGUAUCAAACUCGGUGUUUAACUGCCUUUCCUGAUCAACAAGGUUUCUUGGUUGGCUCUAUUGAAGGACGGGUUGGUGUGCAUCAUCUUGAUGAUUCUCUAGAAGGUAAAAACUUCACAUUCAAAUGCCACAGGGAGGGCAACGACAUUUACUCAGUCAACUCUCUAAACUUUCACCCUACACAUGGAACGUUUGCAACUGCGGGAUCUGACGGUGCCUUCAACUUUUGGGACAAAGAUAGCAAACAGAGGCUUAAGGCAAUGUCAAGAUGUAGCCAGCCCAUACCUUGCAGUGCGUUCAACAGUGAUGGCUCAAUCUAUGCAUAUGCGGUUUGUUAUGAUUGGAGCAAGGGCGCAGAAAAUCAUAAUCCAUCAACUGCAAAAACAUCUAUUUACUUGCACUUCCCACAGGAGUCUGACGUUAAGGGCAAGCCACGAAUUGCAAGUAGCAGUAGAAAGUGAAGUCAGCAGUAAAGCUUCUUCUCACUAUUUUGGAAAAAGUUGGGUCUUGUUCUGGACAUGGAGACAUUUGUGCUUUCAUUUUGGGGGUUUUCCUGUUGCAGUCUUGCAGCAAUUGAUUUGUUUGGAGUAGGAGUUUUACCUUUUGAACACACACAAAAAAAGUAGGAAGGUUCAUAGAUAGUGAUUUGAAUCUGAUAUUCUUAUUAGUAGGUGGUGCUUGCUUGUGACCAUACUUGUAUAUAUUUAGAUCGUUUUGCUUUUAAAUUUGAUGUUACCUCA